AUGAACGGCGCAAACACCUCACCGCGCGCGAAGCGUAAGCUUUCGCCCACAGAAACCGUCGACGGCCACCGCCCCCCGAAGCACCAUCGUGCCAGCAUCAAUGGGAAGCAGUCAGCCGGCGACAACACGCCAGAUAUUGAUGGCGACUAUGACAUGGUGCACGAGGAGGAGUACGUCGUCGAGGAGCUCCCGCACCAAACUCUAAUACCUGUGGGCGCCGACACGGCCGAGUGGCAGGCCACCAUCGAACGGGUGGUGAGCAACGUCGUGUCCAUCCGCUUCUGCCUCACCUGCUCAUUCGACACCGACCCGGCGCUGACCAGCGAGGCCACGGGCUUUGUUGUCGAUGCGGAGAAGGGCUACAUCCUGACGAACCGCCACGUCGUUGGCUCGGGGCCCUUUUGGGGCUAUUGCAUCUUCGAUAAUCACGAAGAGGUCGAUGCCUAUCCCGUCUACCGGGACCCCGUUCACGACUUUGGCAUUCUGAAGUUUGACCCAAAGGCGAUCAAAUACAUGCCCGUGGCUGCCUUGCCGUUACGGCCCGAUCUAGCGAAGGUUGGUGUCGAGAUUCGAGUUGUAGGUAACGAUGCCGGCGAGAAGCUCAGCAUUCUGUCCGGCGUCAUAAGUCGUCUUGACCGCAAUGCCCCCGAAUAUGGUGAUGGAUAUAGUGAUUUCAACACCAGCUACUACCAAGCCAGCGCUGCCGCAAGUGGAGGUAGUUCGGGCAGUCCUGUCGUUAACAUUGAUGGCUAUGCCGUAGCUCUGCAGGCUGGCGGAAGGGCCGAUGGUGCUUCUACCGACUACUUUUUGCCUCUUGACAGGCCUCUACGUGCUCUCAAGUGCUUGCAAGAAGGCAAGCCCAUCACGCGCGGUGAUAUACAGUGCCAAUUCCUCCUAAAGCCCUUUGAUGAGUGCCGUCGGCUAGGGCUAAGCUCCGCGUGGGAGGCACAGAUGAGGAAAGCAUUUCCUAAGGAGACCAACAUGCUUGUUGCCGAAAUUGUGCUUCCGGAGGGACCUUCCCACAGCAAGAUCGAGGAAGGCGAUGUCCUAGUGAAGGUAAACGGUGAGCUCAUCACACAAUUCGUCCGCCUGGACGACAUCCUAGAUUCCAAUGUCGGGCAAACGGUCAAGCUGCUUCUUCAACGAGGAGGAGAGGAUGUAGAGGUUGAGGUAGCUGUGGGUGAUUUGCAUAAGAUCACCCCUGACCGCUUCGUGUCUGUUGCAGGAGGCAGCUUCCACAGUCUGUCUUACCAGCAGGCGAGACUGUAUGGCGUGGCGUGCAAGGGCGUCUACGUCUGUGAGGCCACUGGGUCCUUCCGUUUCGAUAGCAGCGACAACGGCUGGAUCAUCCAGACUAUUGACCACAAACGGGUGCCCGACCUGGAGACUUUCAUUGAGGUAGCCAAAGGCAUUCCAGACAAGGCCCGUGUCGUGGUGACCUACAAGCAUUUGAGAGAUCUGCAUACACUAAACACGACCAUCAUUUACAUCGAUAGGCACUGGUCGGCAAAGAUGAAGCUGGCCGUCCGCAAUGACGAGACUGGGCUGUGGGACUUCAAGGAUCUUGCGGAUCCUCUGCCUCCCGUGCCACCUGUUCCCCGCAAAGCAUCAUUUAUUCAAUUAGAACACACGAAACACCCUGCUGUCGCCGAUCUCGUCAAGAGCUUUGUUCACGUCAACUGUACCAUGCCGGUCAAGCUGGACGGCUUCCCUAAGAAUCGAAAGUGGGGUAUGGGCCUGGUCAUUGAUGCAGACAAGGGCUUGGUCAUCAUAUCACGGGCUAUUGUCCCUUAUGAUCUUUGCGAUAUCUCCAUUACCAUUGGUGAUUCCAUCGUUGUGGAGGGCAAGGUCGUCUUCCUACAUCCCCUGCAGAACUACGCUAUCAUACAGUACGAUCCUAAGCUGGUAGAUGCGCCCGUGCUCAGCGCCAGAUUAUCCGACGAGGGAAUCACCCAGGGUGCAUCGACUUACUUCAUUGGAUACAACCGUAUUGGGCGUAUUGUCCAUGCGGCGACCACAGUCACGGAAAUUUUUGCGGUUGCCAUUCCCGCCAACUCUGGAGCUCCGAGGUAUCGUGCCGUAAAUGUAGACGCCAUCACUGUGGACACGAGCCUGAGCGGGCAAUGCGGAAGUGGUGUUCUCGUGGCUCCAGAUGGCACUGUUCAGGCUCUGUGGCUAACAUAUCUGGGAGAGAGAUCUCCCUCAACUCACAGAGAUGAGGAGUAUCAUCUCGGCCUGGCGACGCCGACACUACUGCCUGUGAUCAAACAGAUUCAGCAAGGCCUUACGCCUCAACUACGCAUGCUGUCCGUAGAGUUCCGGUCUAUCCAGAUGUCUCAGGCAAGACUCAUGGGUGUGUCGGAGGAGUGGAUUCACAAGGUCUCCCUCGCCAACACAUCUCACCAUCAGCUCUUCAUGGUAACGAAGCGCACUUUUGAACGUAACGAGGAAGCCGGGGCCCUCCUUGAAGGCGACAUUCUAUUGACGCUGAACGGCAAGCUCAUCACGCGCAUCUCCGAGCUGGACAUUAUGUACUCCAACGAGGUGCUCGAAGCCGUCAUUGUGCGCGACUGCGAGGAGAUCACCCUCAAGUUGCCUACGGUCUCGGCCGACGAUGUUGAGACGGACCGUGCUGUCUCGUUCUGCGGCGCCAUUCUGCACCGGCCGCACCAUGCAGUCCGCCAGCAGAUCAGCAAGCUGUUCAGCGAGGUGUACGUCUCGGCGCGCACGCGGGGCUCGCCUGCCUACCAGUACGGCCUGGCGCCGACAAACUUCAUCACCCAUGUGAAUGGAAAGCCCACCCCGGAUUUGGAGUCGUUCCUCGCGGCCGUGGUGGAGAUUCCCGACAAUACAUACUUCCGACUGAAGGCUGUCACGUUCGACAGCGUGCCGUGGGUGGUGACGAUGAAGAAGAACGAGCACUACUUCCCGACCAUGGAGUGGAUCAAGGACCCGUCGGUCGAGUGCGGCUGGCGGCGUGUAACAUACGAGGACGGCAAGGCCAUCAAGGGCGAGGGCCACGAGGGUGUGGUGCCUGUGGCGGACGACACGGGCGACAUUGUGGAGAUUGGCGGCGUCGUAGGCUAA